UUUUUCAACCAAAGUAAGAAAGAGCAUCGCACAUUCUUAGUUUCUUCUCACCCUUUUCUUCCUUAACCAAACUUUGAAAAUUAUUCAUAUAAAAACCCCACCCUUUUACCCUACCAUUCUACCAACAACACUACAAAACCUCUUUAUCACGCUCUAGAAUCUUGAAUUUCUUCAAACCCUAAUUCCCAAUUAUUUCCAAUCCCUUUUCAUCUAACAUGAACCUCAAAUUUCUUUCAUUGUUACUCUUCAUUAUUUCAGGUGUUCAAGUAAUAUCAACUCAAGAUUUUAAUAUCAAUCAACAACAACAUCACUUUAAUGGGAACUUAGAUGGAAAUGGAAACAUAGCGGACUCUACGAGGUUGAACCAUAAAGUUGCGAUUAUGGAAAGUAAUAAUGAAAACAGACAUGGACUAUCUGUUACUAUAAGAAAAGGAGGAGGAGGGGGAAGGGGAGGCGGAGGAGGCAGAGGAGGUGGAGGAGGAAGGGGAGGCGGGGGAGGAAAGGGAGGAGGAGGAAAUGGAGACCGAGGAGGAAGCGGCAGAGGAAGGGCGGUGGGUGGAGGAGCGGCUGCUGGAAUUAUCGGAGCUGGAGUUAUAGGUGGUUCAAGUGCCUAUCAUGGUACUCAUCACUCCAACAAUUCCGCUACAUCAUUAUCUGCCGUGCCUCGUGUUUGUGUCUCAGCAUUUAUUUUAUGUUUGAGUUUUUGGCUUUAAUCAAAUUGUUUCACUUCCACUAGUUAAGUGUCAUGUGUAAUUGAUUCUGUAUAGGCAUACAUUAAUCUUCUUUAUGUCUUUACUACUACUAAAUGUAUAUUUUUGCCUUAAUUAAUAUCAGGAUUGCUUGUGAAUAAGUUUGCUAUAA